AUGAAAAACACCCUCCUUUUGCUGUCGGCACAAGCUGCUCUUGUAGCCGGGCAGUGUCCCAAUCUCCACAUCUUUGGGGCUCGAGAGACCACCGUGUCGCCGGGCUUCGGCUCAGCUGGACAGCUCAUUAACAUGAUUAUCAACGCCAACCCUGGAGCUACCUCUGAAGCUAUCACCUAUCCUGCGUGCGGUGGUCAAGCGUCGUGUGGUGGCAUCGCCUAUGGUGACUCAGCUAGACAGGGCACCAAUGCUGUAGCGAGCCAGGUCAACAACUUCCAUCAGAGAUGCCCAAACGCCCAAAUCGUCCUCGUCGGAUACUCACAGGGCGGUCAAAUUAUGGACAAUGCACUUUGCGGUGGUGGUGAUCCCGGGGCCGGCAUCACUAGCACAGCUGUUCCAAUCUCGGCCAGUGCUGUCAAUAUGAUCAAGGCGGCCAUUUUCAUGGGUGAUCCAAGAUGGCAGUACGGCCUUGCGUAUCAAGUCGGCACCUGCCGUGCCGGCGGUUUCGAUGCUCGCCCUUCUGGAUUCGUCUGCCCCAACGCGAGCAAGAUCCAAUCCUACUGUGACGCCGCAGACCCCUACUGCUGUACUGGUAACAGUCAAGCUACCCACCAGGGCUAUGUCGGCGUCUACGGCCAACAGGCUCUUACCUUCAUCAACAGCAAGCUUGGCUCCAGCAACGGCGGAGGCAACACCGGAGGAGGAAACACUGGAGGAGGCAACACUGGUGGCGGCAGCAACUGCUCGGCAAAAUGGGGCCAAUGCGGUGGCCAAGGAUGGACUGGACCAACUUGCUGCCAAUCGGGAAGUACUUGUCAAGCGCAGAACCAAUGGUACUCUCAGUGCUUGUAA